UGCGGCGGGUGUGUUUCGGCCUGGCCUGGUCAGGCGCUUGUGCUGCCAGGGCGCCGGGCCCGGGGAGGCCGGGGUCUCGGGUGGCCACCGGCCCAGGAGCUGGACAGCAGCAGGAUGGGGAAGGCGAAGUUCCCCGCCUCCAAGCGCGCCCCGAGCAGCCCCGUGGCUAAGCCAGGUCCUGUCAAGACGCUCACUCGGAAGAAAAACAAGAAGAAAAAAAAGGUUUGGAAAAGCAAGGCGCAGGAAGUAAGCAAGAAGCCAGGAAGCGGCCCCGGUGCUGUGGUGCGACCUCCAAAGGCACCAGAAGACUUUUCUCUAAACUGGAAGGUGCUGCAAGAGUGGCUGCUGAAACAAAAAUCUCAGGCCCCAGAAAAGCCUCUUGUCAUCUCUCAGAUGGGUUCCAAAAAGAAGCCCCAAAUUAUCCAGCAAAACAAAAAAGAGACCUCGCCUCAAGUGAAGGGAGAGGAGACGCCGGCAGGAAAAGACCAAGAGGCCAUCAGGGGCUCUGUUCCUUCAAGCUCCAAGAUGGACAGGAAGGCGCCAGUACCUCGCACCAAAGCCAGUGGAGCAGAGCACAAUAAGAAAGGAACCAAGGAAAGGACAAAUGGUGAUAUUGUUCCAGAACGAGGGGACAUCAAGCAUAAGAAGCGGAAAGCUAAGGAGGCAGCCCCGGCCCCACCCACCGAGGAAGACAUCUGGUUUGACGACGUGGACCCGGCGGAUAUCGAAGCUGCCAUAGGUCCAGAGGCGGCCAAGACAGCGAGGAAACAGGUGGGUCAGAGCGAGGGCAGCGUCAGCCUCAGCCUCAUGAAAAAGCGGGCCUUCGGCGGCCUGACAAGAGCCUUAGCCUUGGACUGUGAGAUGGUGGGCGUGGGCCCUAAGGGGGAGGAGAGCGUGGCCGCCCGUGUGUCCAUCAUGAACCAGUAUGGGAAGCGCGUUUAUGACAAGUACGUCAAACCAACCGAGCCCGUGACGGACUAUAGGACAGCGGUCAGUGGGAUUCAGCCUAAGAACCUCAAGCAGGGAGAAGAGCUUGAAGUUGUUCAGAAGGAAGUGGUAGAGAUGCUGAACGGCAGAAUUCUAGUGGGGCAUGCUCUGCAUAAUGACCUAAAGGUACUGUUUCUUGAUCACCCAAAAAAGAAGAUUCGGGACACACAGAAAUAUAAACCUUUCAAGAGUCAAGUAAAGAGUGGAAGGCCGUCUCUGAGACUACUUUCAGAGAAGAUCCUUGGGCUCCCGGUCCAGCAGGUAGAGCACUGUUCGAUUCAGGAUGCCCAGGCAACAAUGAGGCUGUACGUCGUGGUGAAGCAGUGGGAGAGCAUGGCCCGAGAUAGUCGCCCCCUGCUGACCGCUCCAGACCACUGCAGUGACGACGCCUAGCAGUCCUGCCCUGCUGCUGCCGCCCCGCUACAGAGGCAAUGUGACCACUCACAGGGACAGAUCACAUCUCCCCAGAGUGGCAACUCUGGUGAAACCUUUUCAGAAUCAUGGCAGAGGGGCGUGGCGUGGUGCCACUGAGAACGUCCUCCUUCCUCUUGACUUUGUGGUCUGAAACCUGGUCUUACUGUCCAUGUGUGUUUGGGCCCGGAUGAUCAGGGUGGGUAGCAGGGACUGCCGUGGGCACGCCUGGCCACGCUUUACCGACUGCUGACCCCCCUGGGCGAGGCGAGGACGGGGCCUAUGGGCCGCCAGCCCAUACGGU